AUGGCUAGGACUCCGAACAACUUGAAUGACCUCAGCUCAAGCACCUCUGAGAGCAGCGGUUUCACUAUUCCAGAUCCAUUCCUUGUCAAAAGAAUCGUGUCGCAAGUGGAAUUCUACUUUUCGGAUGACAACUUGUCCAGAGAUGUAUUCCUCCUGAGGCAUAUGCAAAGGAACAAGAUGGGAUUUGUGAGCAUUAAACUUCUGACAACUUUCAAAAAGAUGAAAUGUUUAACUCGGAACUGGCGAGUGACCCUUUAUGCUCUGCAAUUCUCGAAGUUGCUGGAACUCAAUGAAGAUGGGACCAAGGUGAGGAGGAAGGACCCUGUCCCAGAAUCUUUGGUGAACAUCCCUCUAAACAAGACGCUCCUUGCCUGGAACGUCCUUUCAUGUGAACAAUCCGCUUCUUCUUCACUCCUGCUUCAAGAAACCUUUCUGGAUACAAUCACAAAGCUGUUUGGGCCUUUUGGUGACAUUGCCUGCAUACGCAUCUUCAGACCGGGCAAAAAACUGCCCUCAGUGGUGGCGAAAUCUACCUCUCCCUAUCCUGAGCUUCUGUCCAGAUGGUGUGCAUUGGUGGAAUAUGAAAGGCUGAAGAGUGCCCAAAAGGCUUUUGGAGGGCUUAGCCACAAGCAGUUCUCUUCUCCUGGGCAAAGCAUCAAAGUAAUCAAUCUCUCUACUCUCAAAAAGACGAACAUGGUCAGUCAGGAAGAUAGUGAGAAGAUUGAAGAAGUGCCAAAGCCUUUUAGAAAAUGGUCCAACAAAUUGUCAGAAGGCCUUCAACAUAUCCUUGAAGACUCCUCUCCCUGCAGUUCUUCUACAGAACCAGAUAGUAUUCGAGUUUCUACUCCUAUCAUUCCUCGGAAUUUCUUCUCUGCUCCAGUCAUGUCUACAACUAAGCCCUGCAACUCAUCAGGUCAGGCCUUCAAACCAAAUUCCUCCAGCAUAUCACAUGCAGGCUCUCUUCAACUACGCAAACCAUUGGCAUGGCAGCUAUGCCCCUCACCUGUUUCUGCACUGAAGUCAGGCACAUCAGAAUUGCAGAAACCAUCCAACUCCUGCUGGGGCAACAGAGUAGGUCCAGAAACCUUGGAGACACCAAAGAGGCAUGGACCACUCUACAGUCGACCACUCAUACAGAAACCAGAGUCCUUGGGUUCACGACCUAGUUCCACAAUCUUCUGUAAACCAGUAGGUGUCUGUCCCACAGUGAUCCGCCUACCUCGAGGGCCUGAUGGAACCAGGGGUUUCCACAAUACGAGAGGGAGAGGGAGAGGGAGAGGGAGAGCUCUCUUAAAACACUAAAUUUUGUGAUUUCUUGGCAGGGGGAAUAAUCUUUAUGUAUGGUGUUUGGGCACAUACAACAUUUUUUUGGAAUGAAUUCAAUUCCAAGGAAUCCAGAAGUCCAAGCAAUAAGAAGGCUCUGGAGAAAAAGAGAGUGAUAGCCUGCUCAGUGUAAAAGUGCCUUGUAUGAGUUGGCAGAUACUUUUCAAUUCUCUGUUUUGAUUUCCUCCUCUAGUCUUUCUUUCUGUCCUUUCCUCAUAACCUCCAAAGAUAUUUCCAACUUACACUGUUUGCAAUAUUUGCUUUUCCAACCCCAAUUGCAAGAUUUGGUGUAUCUCUUGUUUUUCCCUUCUCACUACUUUUUUUUCCUUUUUUUUUUUGACCCUUUGCGUUAAUGUUGUAUUAUCAAUGGAUAAGAUGUCUAAAUGAUUGACAGUUACAAUUGUGAUU